AUGAGCAAGCUGCACGCUCCAGCUCGCCGCCUCCUCAUCUUCCAGGAGGCGCGCAACCCGCAGAACGCGGCCGAGAUCGUGUACCUGCCCGUCAACAAACUCGGCCUGCCGAUCUGUGGCGACGGGCCCGAGCUCCCGUCUAUUCUGGAGCUCCCGCUGCGCAUUUUGAAGGUGUUUACGGAGAUUUUCAAUCAACCGAAGUACAAGGGAUGGGCGGUUCUCUCUGCUGGACCGUACCAUGACACGUCUGAGGAAGGCAAGUUCUAUGCUGUCGUGCUGGAGCAAGUACCAAUGCCGGGCUCGACACCUGUCUCGCAGGAAAUGACAGGGACACCGUGA